AGGUUUAGAUCACGUGGGGUAGAUUUGGGUAGGGUGUUUGAGGUCAGUUGUUGUGGGACGCACACCAGCCUGGGACGAGACAGACACCAUGUCGACUUUAGAGUCAGCGAAUGAGGUAGAGAUGGACAAAACAGGGAUCUAUAUCGUCUCCCAUAAACCCCUUGAAUCCGACACCGGAAUCAGGAAGAGGGACGACCCAGUGAGCUACGACAAUCCAGGCUUUAAUUCAGACAACGGUCUCAAACUUAAGAAUGAACACAUCUAUGACCGACCGACCGGCGUUUCGGACGCCCCCUACCGGGGGAUGGGUAAAGAAGAUCUUCUACGCCAUUCAUCCAAGCCUCUAUGGCGCCGUCUGAGGUACGUCUGCAUGUCAAUCAUUCUGAUUGGGUGGCUGGCCCUCAUCAUCACCGUUGUCGCCCUCGUCCUCAUCUACCCACGGUGUCGCGCACCACGACAGCAUGAAUGGUGGCAGAAGACCGUGGUAUACAGGAUCUACGUCCGCAGCUUCCAGGACUCCGACGCCGACGGUAUUGGAGACCUCAAGGGGAUCACCCAGCGCCUCGACUACCUGUCAGAACUGGGGGUCGGGACCAUCUCCUUGUCUCCCGUCUUCAAAACAGUGCCUAACGCAAACACCGAUUUUGACGUCACAGACCACAAAGCCAUUGCUAGUGAAUAUGGCACACUAACCGACUUCGAGAGUCUCCUAAACGAGACACACAGCAGGGGGAUGCAACUUAUCCUGGACUUCAUCCCCAACCUGACCAGCGACCAACACCCGUGGUUCCAGGAGAACAACGCCUCCAGCGCCAAGCGGAACUUCUAUGUGUGGGAGAGUGACAAGCCCAACAACUGGGUAUCUGUGUAUGGUAAUUCGGCUUGGACAAAUGAUUCAACUCGAGGGGAGUACUACCUGCAUCAGCUUCGUCCAGAUCAACCUGACCUUAACCUUAGAAGUUCAGAGGUCAAGGACGAACUACAGGCAAUCUUGCAAUUUUGGCUCGAGAAGGGAGUUGAUGGUUUCUACAUCCGGGACAGUGGAUACUUGUUUGAGGAUUAUGAUCUGAGGAAUGAAAUGCCCUCUUCCGCCAACCUAACACAGAACCCGGACGACUACAAUUACUACAACCACACCUACACAUACGGCCUGCGGGAAAUCAACGACAUGCUCGCCAGGUGGCGCUACUUCCUGGAUGACUUUGGGAACAAAACUAACAAAUACAGAAUGCUGUUUGCGGAUAUUAUGGGCGGAACUGAGUUGACGAUGAGUUACUAUGGUUACUUCAACCGUGACGGUGUCGACUUCCCUCUUAACCGGUUCUGUCUGGAUCUGAAACAAGGCGACAAUGGAAACGUGGUGUCCGGAGUGGUCAGUCGUUGGAUGGACAACCUUCCGGCCGGACGCUGGGCCAACUGGAUGGGUGGAGAUGAAAAUUCGAAUCGUAUUGCAGGCCGACUUGGCGGGAACAUGACACGAGCUUUCCUCAUGCUGUCCAUGCUAUUGCCAGGGACGCCAUUCUAUUACUAUGGCGACGAGAUCGGUAUGGUGAAUUCAGAUGAAGCUCCAGACAAUGCUUGGGGCAUGAAGCAGCCAAUGAGAGCUCCGAUGAGGUGGGAUAACUCGACCAACGGAGGAUUCGCAUCUAACUGUACAGGAGGAUGCAAUCCGUGGAUGAAGGUCAACGACUUCACAGGCCAAAAUGCAGUCGAGAUCCAAAAGACGAGCAAGUCGUCGUUGAUGCACCUGUUCAAGAAUCUCACGAAGCUGCGAGACCAGGCGUCAUUCGAAUACGGAGACUACUUCCGCUCAGUCGUUGACAGCAGUGUGGUGUCAUUCGUCAGAGAAUACGACGGAGAGAAAGGAUUCCUCGUCGCCAUUAACUUCGGCAGUGGAACGGAAACACGGAAAUACACGGACACCCACGACACAAUUCCGGAGGAAGCCGACGUUGAAUUGACGACCGAAAACGGUGUUAAACUGCAAGUUGGGGGGACUGCCGAAUGUGCCAGUCUCGAACUCGGUCCAUAUCAGGGCGUUGUCCUGUCUUGGGAGUACGUCGCAAAGGAACUUUAGUUCCGCGAAGUCCCACGAAGAUCUACGAAGUUCAAUACGACAGAAUGCAUAAUGUGUGUUUACCAGAGGACAACUGUAUCCCUCCAUAUGCAUUCAUGAUUAUAUCAUAUUAGCAAUAUUCAGAGCAAUAUGCAAUAUAUGUAAACAGAUUGACAAACAGUAUUUUAAGGUAUUUCUUUUCACACUAUUUUACGAAGAACUAUAUACUUUGUUCACAUUGCAAUAAAUCCUGAGAUUAAAACGUUUCAACAUUUUAACACAAGGCUACACAUGAAGCUAAAUACUUUAAAUAGACGAAGUAAUGAGAUUAUACCUAUAUUUUUGACUGAAUUUAAAAGCCUUCCCGAAAGAAAGAUAAAGGUUCCUGUUUCACUUCAGUUGUCUAAGCAUUACACUGUUAAAAACGUUGCACUUCGAAAUUUAUAGGAAAUUAGAUAUUCUUGUCUCGAGCGAAAUCCUUUGAUAUGAUGAUAUUAAUGGCUAUUUGAUAAAACUGUACAAUUAUAUUUUGGUAAAUAAAGAAUGGCAUUUUGACACAGAA